AUGGGAUUAAUGAAGGCGUGGUCGUUGAAGAAGGUGAGAAAGGAGCUACGGCCAUGGAGGUUAAUCUCGGCGUUCAGAUGGAAGCGCCAGGACUUUCAGCCGAGCAUAUUAGACGACGUCGUAUUCAGAAUAAUGUAUGUCGUUGAGGCCGUCGUUCUAGUCUCCAUCCUCUGCUUCUUCUUCGUCUGCUGCGGCUGCCACUUCUGA